AUAGUAUCAUAGCAGCUUGCUUUUGACUAGUUGUUACAACGGCACUCGCUUAAUAACAACCGUUUUCUUUCAUAUGUCUUCGAUUGGGUUCUAGUUGUAUUAAAUUAAAACAAGCCCGUGCAGACAACUUGAAACAAUCACACAAUAAUCUUCCUGCAUAGAAUUAUUUUCGCCGGCAAACGUUACGUUAAGAUCAAUAGCAUUGAUUAUAUCGAGUGAAGUGAUGUGAAUUAUUUUCAUUAUAUUCAAUUGUAACAUUCGUUAUUCACAUUACACGUUUAAAGUGUUGGGCGAACUAUUGCAUGUUUACCACAACGACUAUAAUUCGACGUGAAAUGUUGGAAUGUAAUGCAAUUCAAAGUACAUGUGUAGUGUUUUUAGUUUUGAUUAAUUCUGGCAGCACAACAGAAAACACACUGGGAUAUUUAUCAGUGAGAAAUCUAGUGUUUGUCGGCGGGAAUAUGACACUGAUGUUAAUCCCAUUUUAUCACGUGAAUAUAACGAACAUUAAUUACUUAAAAUUGCAAGUCAUAUUUAGAACAGACAAUGCCGCAAAGGAAAUACAUGGAGCAAUCCGACCAUUUAAAAACGGGAAAGCUUUCUUUAUGGAGAUUACAAAUGUGAACAAGACCUGGAAUAAUUCAGCUGUUUUCUUCAAAUACAGCAAUACAGAGUCCAACAACGUUGCCGUCACAAUAAAAGAUCGCACGGAAGGUCUUCUUCACAUUCUGUCCGACCCCUCUCAGCCUGAAGACAGUGCCCAGAUUGCUUUUUAUCCUCCUGUGGGUUUUCAGGAUUGGAAGCAAAUACACCAUUGGUGGUCAAAUCGAUAUGGUGGAAACGUCAACGAUGCAAAUAAAGAGGAAAUAAUUGUUACGAUAAAAAUAGCUAACCACAGAACAAUCUUUUUAGAAUACUUCCAUAAAGAUUCUCCUAUGAACAUAAGCGCAACAGUAGUUUCCGCGCACAAAGGCGUAGGUCCUCCCUGCACUAAUCAAGAAUGUGGCCACUGCGUGUGUGUCCAUCGAGGCGAGGACUUCACGUGCUCCACUGAUGGACGCAUGUUAGCAAUGUGGAUUGGCUCUGAAAACGUGGACUUUGAGCAAAUAACAGACACAAGAAAUGAAGUGAAACAAUACAGGCCGCAUAAUGGCUCAAUUACCAAACACCAUCACAAUAGUACUAUUGUUUGCUUCAUGGAGAAAAACGGCUUUGUUUUCAACGCCAGCGCCACUUUGAUCGUACUCGAUCCUCUGAACCACGGGACAACAAUGCCUCAGUUAACGGCAAUCUGGAUAGGAAUAGCUGUCUCUACGUUCAUGUGCAUCCUCAUCCUCUCCUGGUUCAUCACAAUCCGUCGUGCUUUUCGAACAGAUGAAAACGUUACGCAACAACAAGAACUUGAAUCAAACUUCUACAUUCAUCCAGUGGUCGAUAGCACGAGCUCCAGCGGUGAUUCUUCUGCUGCAUACGAACAUUUCGAAGAGAAAUUCAAUAAACAGGAGUGGCAUCAUAGCGACAAUGCUGGAAUAAUAACCACACAUGAUGAAGGCACAACAUUGCAACAAUUUAGACCACCAGAAGAUUUGCCUGAGUCAAAAGACGUUGAUGUAACGAUUGAACAUCAUUAUGACGACAUCGAAGAGGAACUUGGAGCCACGGCGGACCGCACUCAGCCAACUAUGGAACACAAAUUCGCAAGAAAAUUCAGAUACUGUGAGGACCUUAGGCGUACCCCUGCAGAGCUUAUUCGUUUAGAAACUUCAGGAUAUUUUUCUGAACUAAACCAAAAAUCUACAUGCGCUGUGAUUCCUUUAGCAUAUGAAGAUCUGAAGAGACAUGUUAUUGAUCCCGGUCAUAAAUAUACGGCAAUAAGACCUCGUCGCACAUCAUCGAUAUAGAAACAUUGUGUCAAUAUAAUAUGAUGGCUAUCACAUGUGUGUUUAAAUGCUUACAUGUGCAUGUGAGUGUGUGAUUGCGGAUGUGAAUUAUAUUUGUUCGAAAAGAACGACGUCAUCAUUUGGGAAAUGUAUAAACAAUUACAUAAAUACCUGUCUUAAUUACAUCCAUAAUUUCCAAUCGCCUGUAAUAAGGUAUAAGACCCCAUGCAAAGGGUUAAGUAAGUGUUAGCAUUGAUGAAUUUUGUAUUUUAUGUCCAUAUAUGCUAAAAAAAACAUCCUCAAUCAGGAAGGAAAAAAGUGCUUACGUGUGGGUGUGUUCGGUAUGGGUGGUGCGUGAGCGCGUGAGUGCGUGCGUGCGAGAGAUGCGUUUAUCUGUGUUUUAAAAAUGUAUAUCAUAAACAGUAUUUGUUGAGACACGCAGAUCGUGGAGUUGAAAAAUAUAUCCUUGUUAUUCUUG